CUGAAAGUAAGCCGAAGUUGCCUUCGAGGAGAGGACCUCCACUCUGGCCGAACAAUGAGUGAGUCAAGCAUUUGCCAGGCUCGGGCCACUGUGAUGAUCUACGACGAUGGCAACAAGAAGUGGCUCCCAGCCGGCGCUGGACCCCAGGCCUUCAGCAGAGUCCAGAUCUAUCACAACCCCACCAACAAUGCCUUCAGAGUCGUGGGACGCAAAAUGCAGACAGACCAGCAGGUGGUUAUAAACUGUCCAAUUGUAAGAGGGCUCAAGUACAACCAGGCUACACCCAAUUUCCACCAGUGGCGAGAUGCCCGGCAGGUUUGGGGACUCAACUUUGGCAGCAAAGAAGAUGCUGCUCUAUUCGCCAACGGCAUGGCUCACGCUCUGGAGGUGCUCAACUCCAUGGCAGACGCAGGUUCCUGUGUCACAUCAGAGCGGCCCACAGACUUUGCACUAAAAGGUUAUGCAACUCUCCCCCGCCCAGUGUCAAAUGGACCUUCUCCAGAGGAGCUCGAGCAGCAGAGGAGGUUGGAGCAGCAGCGGCUGGAACAGCAAGAACGGGAACGUCAGGAGAGGGAAAAGCAGGAGCGAGAGCGUCAGGAAAGAGAGAGACUGGAGAGAGAAAGACAAGCCGCUGCAGUCCAUGUUCCUCCUGCUCCACCAAUGCCCUCUGGAGGUCCGACCCCUCCUCCAGCUCCUCCUCCACCCCCUGGUCCUCCCCCAGCUGCUGGCAUCCCUCCUCCUCCUGGGCCGCCACCACCACCAGCAGGCCCUCCUUCAGCGGGUCCUCCGCCUGCCCCGCCCCUGCCCUCUGCAGGUGGAGGAGAUGGCGGCAUCGGAGGCGGGGGAGCCGGGGGCUUAGCAGCUGCCCUGGCAGGAGCCAAACUCCGCAAAGUGUCCAAGCAGGAGGACGGAGCCCCUGCAACUCCAAUCGGCAGAGCUGACUCCAGCCGCGGCAGUAACUCCUCCAUCGGGGGAGGCGGGGGCGGUUUGAUGGGUGAGAUGAGUGCCAUAUUGGCACGGAGGCGAAAAGCUGCAGACACGGGAGAGAAGCCCCCUGUGAAGCCACAGGACAAUGAUGAUUCAGAGCCUCAAGGUCAAAGCGACACACUAAGAAGACCUUGGGAGAAAUCAUCCAUGACCAGGAAUAACUCCAUCCCCAAGAGCAUGGACUCCACUCCCUCAUUGUCCCAAGCUUUAAGGUCAAAGGGGACCAGCAACAGUAACGAUGCAGGUGGAAGUGAUGACUCGGAUUUAGAGAAAAUGAAACAGGAGAUCUUGGAGGAAGUGCGGAAAGAACUACAAAAAGUCAAAGAGGAAAUAAUUGGAGCCUUUGUUCAGGAGCUGCAAAAGAGAAACACAUAG